CCACUAAAAUCCCCAUCCUACACAGGCUACAUCUCCGAGCCGAACAUGAGCCCGCCGAGAUAGACUCACUCAAAGCACCCUAACAAGUACAACAAUGGCGUCGCCGCUGCUCAAGUCACACUCUCACUUCGCCGCCGCUCUGCAGCCUGCAAGAAGAACCGACCUCCAUGGCCGCUGCCCUGCAUCCGUACACCUCGGCAGGUUCCCAGACCACGGGUUCAGCUCCAGCCAUUCUAAGUCAGCCGGAAAGGGUUCAGUGAAGGUGAACGCCUUCCCGUCGUUGGACGUGGUGCCGCUGAUGGCGAUGAUGGUGGAGCACGUCGACAAUUCGCGGGAUUACGUCGUGCACAAGUCCAUCUGGCACCUCAGCGACGCGGCCAUCAAGAGCGUCUAUACCUUCUACGCCAUGUUCACGGUCUGGGGCGUCUGCUUCUUUGCGUCCAUGAAGGAUCCCUUCUACGACAGCGAUACGUACAGGAGCCAGGGGGGAGAUGGAACCGUGCACUGGUACUACGACCGGCAAGAGGACCUGGAGGCGUCUGCAAGGGAGGAGCUACUGAGGGAGGAGCUGCUUGAGGAGAUUGAGCAGAGGGUUGGAGGGUUCAGGGAACUGGAGGAAGCAGGCAAAGAGGAGCAACUCACAAACUGACCGGAGUGCUAAUUAGCUAUCUGAACUUUGUAUGAACAAACCCAUUACUGUACUACACAUGUUUAUAUAUGCUGAACUGCAGUGUAUAUAUGUCAUGCCAACCAAUGCCACAAAGUUUGAUCAGCACCAAGGUGCAACAUAUAUAUGAAGUAUUUGGUAACGGGAUUUAGCACA